GGGACCUCAGCAGUCCCACUGCAGUUCAUCGCAUUCGCCUCGCCCUCCUUUCCCCCAAUCCUGGCCUCCUCCUUCUCUUCCCCACCUUCUCCCCCCUCCCCUUCCCCCCAGCCCUCCUAGGCUAGGAGUGUCCCAGAGCCGCGCCCUGUCCGGGCUGCGGGGCUGGGAGGGGAGUGGGGGCUCCGGGCCGGUGCAGGGCUCUCUGUCCUCCUCCAGGGCUGCAGCUGCUCCUUCAGACGCUCGGAGCCAGGCCAUGCUGGGGAGGCGGCGGGUCUUCACCCUACAGCCGCUUGGCCGCCAGGCUUUCGUUCGGCUUUCGUGCCGACCUCCCCUCACAGCUUGGGACAGAAAGCAUCUUUUGCAGCGAGCGCCCUUUUCACCAUCCUGGCAGCCCAGACCUUCCAACCAGGAUGGUGGUUGUGAGGAGCCUCUGGGUGGCUGUGUGGUGCUUGGCGCUAAGAGCAUCUAUCUUCGUGUUCAUGACAUGCCCAGGGUAGCCUCUGCUGAGCCCCAGGAUGAUGACUGCAUGGUGAGAGGCUCCAGGGAACAGGCUUCAAGGGACUCUGGGGUGGAAAUGGGGGGAGGGGAAAGUCCUCCUACCACCCCUCCUGGCUUUGAUCUUGGCUCUUCAAGCUUGGAGCUGAGUGGGAGGCCCAAGCUGGCCUCUGUCACUAUGGAACCCCCUGCAGACCUAGACCGGUUCCUGGCCAGCCAGAAACUAGAGCAAGUGGUGGCGAGGUCCCUCUGGCCUCGAUCUUCAUCUACUACGGUACCCAAGUAUCGGAAGCAUCGGAAGCGGAGUGAGCAGGGCCCUGAGGCGUCUCCAGAAAUCAGCGGAGAUCAGAGUGGCGCCGCGGAGGCAGAGGUUGGCUCCCAGCUGAGCCCAGCAGAGUCUCUGGUAGUGGGUUCUGAGUCUGAUGCCUGGGCUUGCCUCCCAGGGCAGGGGCUUCGAUACUUGGAGCACCUGUGCUUGAUGCUGGAGCGAAUGGCCCUGCUCCAACAGUUUCAUCUACAGCUCCAAGAGCAGUGCCAGCAGAUGCCAACUGGCCAAGAAGAGAAGAAUGAGAACUCAGGGCUUGUUCCUUUUCACCCUCGAUCCUCUUCCAUGCUGGGGCUUCAGGAAUUUCAGAAUCCAGUGGAAAAGACAGUGGAAGAGUCAGCCCUGCCUCGACGGGCAGAGGUGCAUAGUGUGAGCACACCAAAUUUGCUAGAGGCACCAGCGGGGGCUGCCCACACAAUCCCAUCCUACCGAGGGCACAGGAAUACUCUAUCUCAUUGGAACAAAGUCAAAGCUUUGAUCAACAGGAUCCGAUGGAAGAGCCCUCAUGCCUCUGAAUCUUCUGUUGCUCAAGAUCCCCCCUUCCCCCAGGAGAGAUUCAGAGGAACUCCCAGAAGGUCCCCUGCAUUACCCUCAACGGAGGGCCUUUAUGCCAAGUUUGGUGGCAAAGAAGCAUCGAGCCAAGAACUUCUCAGUCUGUUGAACCGUCCUACAUGCCAAAGUCCUUUCUUCUCCGUGCCUGGCACAUCAUGGGUAGGGCAGCAUCCCUUCAAUGCAACAGCCUUUACCUGGGCUUACGCUGUUCCUUGCCAUGACUAGUAGCUUGGAGUGGGCUCCGUGAUGUGAGAGCUGGAUCUCUCCCCUUCAAGAUCUCUGGAAUGUGGAGCUUUUGGAUACCUCAGGGAGCCAUAAUUCAUUCCGUCAAUCCUCCACUGAUCAAAACCCUUCUAUAACUUGAUA